ACCCCUCUCUUGGUGUCUCCUCCUCAACCCUCUUACCACCCUCCUCCACCCAGACCCCCCCACCCCCCUCACCCUGCAUCAUCCCUCCCUCUCACCCUGCCUCACCUCCAUCUCACCACUCCUUUCCACUCCCUUCCUUCCUCAUCACACUGCUCCAGGCACCUUCUCACCCCUCUGCACCCUGCCCCAUCUAUGCCGCUUCCCUUCACACCACACCCCUGCCCACCCCACGCCCAUCCAGUGUCCCUGGCCCUGUGCACCUGCCCUGGCUUUGGGGAGUGCAGCCUCUGCGGUGACGAUGAUGCCAGGCCAUUGACUUCACUCCUCUUUCCAGGUUUGCAGGAAAUUCUUGACUAUUCGACACCUGGAAGUAUGUCCUGGAAACGGCACUGAGCUGCGAGCCUUGGGGCUUGAGCUGUCCCGUCCUAGACCCCCAGCCUGCACCCACACUUGCAUGAGAAAUGGAGGGGAAAAUGAAACAUUAAAAGCGGCAGCUAUGCGGCAGAUCCUAAGAGAACCAUGGCAACAUCAGAUGACUGCCCCAGAAGUGAAUUGCAGGUAAUUUCAGGUCUAGAGGGAGAGGGUCUCAUGGAAUGUGGUGGCCAGGAGCAUCUCCAGGAGGGUGCGCACCCGGAAGAGUUUGUGGCCAUUGCAGACUAUUCUGCCACUGACCAGACGCAGCUCAGCUUUUUGAGAGGGGAAAAAAUUCUCGUCCUGAGACAGACAACUGCUGAUUGGUGGUGGGGCGAGCGCGCAGGCUGCUGCGGGUACAUACCUGCAAACCACCUUGGGAAGCAUUUGGAGGAGUGUGAUCCUGAAGACACGUGGCAGGAUGAAGAGUACUUCGGCAGCUAUGGAACCCUGAAACUUCACUUGGAAAUGUUGGCAGACCAGCCACGAACAACUAAAUACCACAAUGUUAUCCUGCAGAAUAAAGAAUCCCUGAAAGAUAAAGUGAUUCUGGAUGUCGGCUGUGGGACUGGGAUCAUCAGCCUCUUCUGUGCACAUCAUGCGCAGCCCAAAGCAGUGUAUGCAGUGGAGGCCAGUGAGAUGGCCCAGCACACAGGGCAACUGGUCAUGCAGAAUGGCUUCGCCGACAUCAUCACUGUGUUCCAGCAGAAGGUGGAGGAUGUGGUGUUGCCGGAGAAGGUGGAUGUGCUGGUAUCCGAGUGGAUGGGGACCUGCCUUCUGUUUGAGUUCAUGAUUGAGUCGAUCCUGUACGCCCGGGACGUGUGGCUGAAGGAGGACGGGGUCAUCUGGCCGACCACGGCCGCGCUGCACCUGGUGCCCUGCAGCGCCGACAGAGACUACCGCAGCAAGGUCCUCUUCUGGGACAACGCCUACGAGUUCAACCUCAGUGCUCUCAAAUCUUUAGCAAUUAAGGAGUUUUUUUCGAAGCCCAAGUAUAACCACAUUUUGAAACCAGAAGACUGUCUCUCUGAACCAUGCACAAUAUUACAGUUGGACAUGAGAACUGUGCAGAUUGCGGACCUAGAGACAAUGAAAGGCGAGCUGCACUUUGAGAUCAGGAAAGCUGGCACGCUGCAUGGAUUUACAGCCUGGUUCAGUGUUCGGUUUCAGAGCCUGGAGGAGGACGAGCCACAGCUGGUGCUGAGCACAGGCCCGUUCCACCCCACCACCCACUGGAAGCAGGUGCUGUUUAUGAUGGAUGAGCCUGUUUCUGUCCUCAUGGGAGAUGUGGUCACUGGCUCAGUUGUGUUGCAGAGAAACCCCGUGUGGAGGAGGCACAUGUCCGUGGCGCUGAGCUGGUCCGUCACUUCCACACAGGACCCCACAUCACAGAAAGUUGGAGAAAAAGUCUUUCCCAUCUGGAGAUGACAGUUGAAGUUCUGUGGGAAGCAGCGUGCAGAUAGUGCAGGAAUGAGCCUGAGUGAAUGAGGAUGUCCUUGGAUGUGAGCACAUGUUCUUGCGAAAGCCGUGAGCUCUCUCGGCCUGACAGGGGUACCCCCCGGAGCUGUGGGCUUCAGUCUGUCCGUGGGGUCCUUCACAGACGGCUGUGCUUGGGCUCGGCGGGAACUCCCUCACCACUGUCACUGCCCGUGUCUGUCCUCUAGAAGUAGGCUGUGUUUCCAGGUGUCCACAGUGCUGGCUUGUGGGUAAGUUGGUGGCGCCGUGUCCCUAAGCUAGGUCUAGUUCACAACUCGUAGGACACACACACACACAUCAACCUUGUACGCCUGUGAAAGUGUUCACGCAUCAUGUGUUCAUGGUGUCUUUGCUGCCCUGGUUCCUCCCUCACCAUGCGGAAUGUGGGACUGCACAAGGCCGUGCAGGACCUGCCGGUGGCCAUGCAUGUGACGGGACUCUGCAUGGAUAGUACAGUUGUAGAGAUGUCUUCCAAAGAAAUUAUGUGUUGGCACAUAGCACGUGCUCAAUAAAUAUUUUUAAAUAAAUGAA